CCCAAAAACCUACAAAAAUGGGAAGCGGAUAGUCACGUUGUCUUGGUCAAGACACUUCCAAAAAUUUAUAAUCAAGUCUCCAACUUUUUUUCACCUGUGGCUGUAAUCAAUAAACAUACAUUCUCAGAUUUGCCAAAUCCUAAAGAGAGAUGGAUUUGAGAGAUGCAGUGGUAAUUGGAAUCGGAAUUGUGGUGAUGUUAUUACUAUCGGAUCUGCAAGGAGUGGUUGGGAUUAGGUUCGUGAUGGACAGAGAAGACUGCUUCUCCCACGAUGUUCAAUACGAAGGCGACACUGUUCAUGUCUCCUUCGUCGUUAUUAAAGCCGAUGCCAAUUGGCAUUACGCCGAAGAUGGUGUCGAUCUCGUCAUAAAGGGACCUUCUGGCGACCAGAUUCAUGAUUUCCGUGACAAGACUAGUGAGAAGUUUGAGUUUGUGGCACAGAAGAAAGGACUUCACCGCUUCUGCUUCACCAACAAGUCUCCUUAUCAAGAAACCAUAGACUUUGAUGUGCAUGUGGGGCAUUUCACAUAUUAUGAUCAGCAUGCAAAAGAUGAGCAUUUCAACCCGCUGCUGGAACAGAUUGCAAAGUUGGAGGAAGCUCUUUACAACAUCCAGUUUGAACAGCAUUGGUUAGAGGCUCAGACUGACCGCCAGGCAAUAGUGAAUGAAGGAAUGAGCCAGAGAGCAGUCCACAAGGCUAUGUUUGAAUCUGUAGCAUUAGUGGGAGCUAGCGUCCUCCAAAUCUACCUCCUGCAACGCCUGUUUGAACGGAAGCUUGGGAUAUCCAGAGUUUAGAUGUACUGCUGCCAUGGAUAUUUAUUGUUUGUAUGAUUUACUAACUGAAAUCUCGACUUGGGCAUUCAAUUUUAUUUUAUCUACAAUAAUGUUGUAGCUCAUUUCACUAAUUCAUUUGCUCAGCAUGAAAAUGUGUACUGCAAAAUAUUGCCUAGUGGUUUGUCAAAGAUGCUAGCAUGCAAAGCCAUUUGCCACUGAAACUAAAGAUGCUGUCCAUCACUUUUGUUCUUCA